ACGAGAAUGAGACGCGGGAAUUGGCGAGCUACACCAAACCGAGGCAAACUUUCUCGUUCGAGGAUGUGGAGUCGUAUCCAACCGAGCAGUUGCCUCCGAGAAGAACGAUCGGUCAGAAACGACAGCCCGAUCUCGACAAUCUUGCGGAUCUAGCGUUGACACGCACUACCAGUGUGGCCCCGAUGGACACGAACCAAAAUGACCUGACUCCUCCAACUACAGGACGCAAAAUGAAGGUUUCUGCCUCUCGACGCGAGCGCUGCAGGAUCAACCAGGCGAGGUACAGAAAGAGACAGCGACAGCACGCUGAGAAUCUAGACGAGAGUAUCCGCACUCUUCAAGAAGAGAUUCGAGAGCUGGGGACGCAGCGUCAGAAUAUGUUACGUCGUGCCCCGACGAACAAGAGUGUGUGGAUCAUCGCGACCGAGUACUUCAGGCUGUUCCGUUAUGGUUACAUCGCGCCAAUAAUGGCCCUGGAGUCGUCUACUUCGCUGCCCACUGUAUGCAGCCUGACAGUAGGUUCUCAACGUGAGUCCCACGCACAGCUCGAGUUUCUCAAAGCUACGAUGGCCCCUGACGUGACGGAUGGCAAUGUGCACGGCGUAGAGGCGAUGCUUGAGAACUGGAAGAUGCUCUCGCUCAAUGGCGGCGACGUGCACUUCCAGCCCAAGCGCCUAGAACAGCUUGGAGCUGGCUCACUUCUUGCUACAACCAAAAUGAGCGUCACUAUUACUGAGAGCUCACUGCGUCAACUAUUCCCGCACCUAGUCGUAGACCAAGACGCGAAAGAAGACCAAGCCAAGAAGCUGUCUGCGUUGGCGGCCAAGCUGUUGAAUCAGCGACUAUGUGUUUGUGGAUCAGUACGCUUCGACUGGGACACCUCAAUCGGUCGCGUGCUUCGGCUGGAGUCCAAGGCCGACCUCCUGUCGUCUAUGUUAACCCUACUGGGCAGUCUUGAGGACGUGGCUCUAGUCUUUGACAAGGCUCUAGUGACACUCGACGGUAGAUUCCUAGCAAAUGAGAGCGUGAUUUCGAUGCCCGCUAGCAAUUAGAUACUGGUUAUGUCGUAAACAUAUAACAAUCCACCUUGAAAUAUAUGAAUGUUUAGUUCCUCUC